AUGGCCUCCCAGAACUGCCUGAGAAUGCUCGCCCGGUCGGCCCCCCGAGCACUCACCAAGCCCACCCCUCUCACCCUCCGCACCCCCCUCCCACUCGCUCUCACCCUCCGCCACGCCACCACUACCACCACCGCCCCCGCCAUCCCCUCCAAACAACUGAACACCGCCGAAGACCCGCAAGCCGUCAAGCCCCCCCCACCUGACACCACCGGCCUCGUCAGCCGCCUGACCGAGUCCGUCCGCUCGCUCAUGCCCAGCACCACCGAAACCUACGUCGCCUACGGCGUCACGCAAGAACUCUACAACGAGUGCGUCGCGCAAGCCGCCUACCUCGAGGGUGCCGAGCUCUCCCCCAGCGCCCGCUUCUGGUACGAGACCUGCAAGCGCAAGCCGACGUUCGUGGCCUGGGCGCAGGUCACGGUGCUGCACAUGUGGAUGCUGGUCGUGCGCUUCCGCGCGUUCGAGCCCGAGAACGUGCAGACGUGGCAGCAGCACUUUGUGGACCACUUCUUCUACGACAGCGAGGGCAAGAUGAUACAGGACUACAAGCUGACGUCGGGCGGGCAGAGGAAGAAGUACCUCAAGGACCUGUAUGCGCAGUACCGCGGCAUGAUUGCGGGGUAUGAUGAGGGGCUGGUGAAGGGGGAUGCGGUGCUGGCGGCGGCGAUCUGGAGGAACGUGUUUGAUGCGGAUCCGGACGUGGAUGUGGAGUUGUUGGCGAUGAUCACGAGUUAUGUGAGGAGGUGUGUGGCGGGGUUGGAUAAGGUGGAGGAUGAGGUUGUCCAUGCGGGAAAGAUUAAGUUUGGCUCGCCGAUGGAGGAGGAGCCGCUGGUGAAGAUGAGGAGUAAGUAUUUGGAGAGUGUGCUGAAGGAGAAGGGGCAUACUCUGAAGAAUUCGAGUGUUUAG